GAUACAAACUUGGUAGUGAAGAAGAGCCAUCGGUUGCCGUUGCGAGUCCAUCUACCCCAAAUUUGAAUGAACCCCUCAGACCAGUUGUACGACAUUUAACAUUCUGGAGAAAUGGAUUUAGCAUUGAGGAUGGUCCUCUAAUGGAUUAUAAUGUUCCUGAGAACGAGGAGUUCUUGAAGGCAAUCAAUAGUGGACGUGCCCCCCUGAACUUAUUGAAUGUGAGACAAGAUCAACCCGUAGAUGUUCGUGUUGCUCGAAGACUAGAUGAAGAUUACAAGCCCCCGCCGAAAAAGCCCGCUCAGCCAUUUUCUGGUUCUG